AUGUUUUUUUAUAAAUAUGAAUAUGACGGCGAAGAAAAACAGGGUACUGUAGCAAUGAAGAAACCGAAGGGAGGAAACUCAAUGGGAGGAACCAUUGAGUUUCCUAUCAAAGAAGCAUAUAAAUCUGAACUUCCAAUAACUAAAACAAAAUUCAAUAAUUUAAAAGAAAUGUGCGAAAAAAACACAAUCCCUCCGGAAUACCAUCAUGAGUAUUUAGCACUAAAACACAGCGUCAAUGUACCUGAUGUACUGGAUGAGACGGAUGUGGAAGAUCUCCCAGUGUAA